AUGGCCAUUCUCCUCUUCUUUAUUUUCACAUCCAUUUUAUCCAUUUCCUACUCUUCGCCAUUGCCGGUCAAUGCCUCCGGUAACAUAUCAGUGCGCCGACAACGAACGCCUGAGCAAUGCGGCACAGGCAACCAGGUCGACGACUGCUGGCGAUGCGACCCCGGCUGGGCCGAUAACCGGCAGCGGCUCGCCGACUGCGUCAUCGGGUUCGGCCGCAACGCCAUCGGCGGCAAGGGCGGCAGGACAUACGUCGUGACGGACCCCGGCGACGAGGACCCGGCCAACCCCGCCCCCGGCACGCUCCGCUACGGCCUCGUCCAGGACGAGCCCCUCUGGAUCAUCUUCGCCUGCAGCAUGACGAUCCGUCCCCAGCGGGAGUUCGUCGUGAGCUCGCACAAGACGGUGGACGGCCGCGGCGCCAGCGUCGUCGUCGGCGAGGGCGGCGCGUGCUUCACGGUGCGCAACCAGAGCAACGUGAUCAUCCACGGCAUCACCAUCCGCGGCUGCAGGCCGGCGCCCAAGUCGGCCAAGACGGGCCACCUGUCGGACGGCGACGGCGUCAGCAUAUUCGGCGCGAGGGACGUGUGGGUGGACCACUGCACGCUGGAGGACUGCGCCGACGGCCUCGUCGACGUGAUCGCCGCCUCCACCGGCGUGACCGUCUCCAACUGCCUCCUGACAAACCACAACAAGGCCAUGCUCCUCGGUCACAACGACGCCUACGAGGACGACAGGGCCAUGCGGGUCACCGUCGCCUUCAAUCGCUUCGGGCCGGGCCUCGUGCAGAGGAUGCCGAGGUGCCGGUUCGGGGUGUUCCACGUCGUCAACAACGACUACGUAAACUGGGGGAAAUACGCCAUCGGUGGCAGUGCGUCGCCGACCAUACUUAGCCGAGGCAACAGGUUCUGUGCUGGCAAGGAAAAAGAGGUGACGAAGCGCGACGGCGACCCGCCGAAGAGCGAGUGGCAGAAGUGGAACUGGAUAUCCGACGGCGACCUGAUGUUCAACGGCGCGUUCUUCACGGCGUCCGGCAGACCGGGGGCUGAGGUUAAAGCCCCCAGUUUUGCCAAGUCCGCCUCUUUCGUGGCGCCGAUGACGGCCUCCGCAGGCGCUCUCUCGUGCAGCAAGGGUUCUCUGUGCUGA